CGGGGGGCGGGCGGGAGGAGGUGGAAUUGCAUUUCUGCCGCUAAAGCGUUCGCGGAGACUUCAAGGUAUAAUCUAUCCCAGAUCCUUUCCCAGAGAGAAACUUGGCGAUCACGUUUCCACAUGAUGCUCACGUUUGGUGCUCUCCAAUUAUCCCUCCCCACAAAGAUAGGUGGCGUGUGUUGCAGGGUCUCUCCUCUCGCUCGUACAGAAAAGAAAAAGAAAAAAAUGUCAUUAGAAGAGGCGUAACACGUCAGUCCGUCCCCAGGUUUGUGUUUCCUGGAGUGGCAGAAAGAGAUCAGUCCUAACCUGCCCAGCAGGAAUAACGGUCCUUCCGACAACUCUUUGCAAGGCUUUUUACAAUUUCUCCAGGAGCUGCAUCUCCCUUCACCUUUUCUCCUCCACUUCGCGGCUUCUUCAUGCUUUUUCUUCUCACCAUUUCUGGCCAAAACUACAAACAAGACUUCGCAGAGCCUGCGUGCUGCUGCUGCUGCCGCCGCCGCUGCUGCUGAAUCAGGGAGUCGAGCCCAUGCGAACUGCCAUCUGAUCCACUCUUAUCAAUGAAGCAGCAGAUCAUGGCGGAUGGCCCCAGGUGUAAGAGGCGAAAACAAGCCAACCCCCGGAGGAAAAACGUAGUGAACUAUGAAAAUGUAGUGGAAACGGGUUCAGAAACAGAUGAGGAGGACAAGCUACACAUUGCUGAGGACGAGAGUGCUAUCAACACUCUGGACCAGGAAACUAGUCCAGCCAGUGUGCCCAACCAUGAGUCUUCCCCACAUGUGAGCCAAGCAACGUUGCCCAGAGAGGAAGAGGAAGAUGAAAUGAGGGAAAGUGGAGUUGAUCACACCUGGCACAACAAUGAGAUCCUGCAAGCCUCUGUAGAUGGUCAAGAAGAAAUGAAGGAAGAUUAUGACACUAUGGGGCCUGAAGCCACAAUUCAGACCACUGGAAACAAUGGUACAGUGAAGAACGCAAAUUGCACGUCGGACUUUGAGGAAUAUUUUGCCAAAAGGAAACUGGAGGAAGGAGAUGGGCAUGCAGUCAGCAUAGCAGAGUACCUGCAGCGCAGCGACACAGCCAUUAUUUACCCUGAAGCCCCUGAGGAACUGUCUCGCCUUGGCACUCCAGAGGUCAAUGGGCAAGAAGAAAAUGACCUGCCACCUGGAACUCCAGAUGCCUUCGCCCAACUGCUGACCUGCCCCUACUGCGACCGGGGCUACAAGCGCCUGACGUCCCUCAAGGAGCACAUCAAGUACCGCCACGAGAAGAACGAGGAGAACUUCUCGUGCCCUCUCUGUAACUACACGUUUGCCUACCGCACCCAGCUCGAGCGGCAUAUGGUGACACACAAGCCAGGGACAGAUCAGCACCAAAUGCUGACCCAAGGAGCAGGCAAUCGCAAGUUCAAAUGCACUGAGUGUGGCAAGGCCUUCAAAUAUAAACACCAUCUGAAGGAACACCUGCGAAUUCACAGUGGUGAAAAACCAUAUGAGUGUCCAAACUGCAAGAAACGUUUCUCCCAUUCUGGCUCCUACAGUUCGCACAUCAGCAGCAAGAAGUGUAUUGGUUUAAUCUCUGUAAAUGGCAGAAUGAGAAACAAUAUCAAGACGGGUUCUUCUCCUAAUUCUGUAUCUUCCUCUCCUACCAAUUCAGCCAUCACACAGCUGAGAAACAAGCUGGAGAAUGGCAAACCACUUAGUAUGUCUGAGCAAACAGGCCUACUGAAAAUUAAAACAGAACCACUAGAUUUCAAUGAGUACAAGGUUCUUAUGGCCUCACAUGGGUUUAGUGCAACUAGUCCUUUUAUGAAUGGUGGACUUGGAGCAACCAGCCCCUUAGGAGUUCACGCGUCUGCUCAAAGUCCAAUGCAGCACUUAGGUGUAGGGAUGGAAGCACCGUUGCUUGGGUUUCCUGCGGUAGGCAGCAAUUUAAGCGAGGUGCAGAAGGUCCUACAGAUUGUGGACAACACGGUUUCCAGGCAGAAAAUGGACUGCAAGGCUGAAGAGAUCUCCAAGUUGAAGGUUUACCAUAUGAAGGAUUCAUGCUCUCAAGCCGAGGAACAAGGAGUUACCUCCCCCAAUAUUCCCCCCGUGGGUCUUCCAGUAGUAAGUCAUAAUGGUGCCACUAAAAGUAUUAUUGACUAUACAUUAGAGAAAGUCAAUGAAGCCAAAGCUUGCCUCCAGAGCUUGACCACAGACUCGAGGAGGCAGCUCAAUAACAUUAAAAAAGAGAAGCUGCGAACCCUAAUAGACCUGGUAACUGAAGACAAGAUGAUAGAGAACCACAAUGUAUCCACUCCAUUUUCAUGCCAGUUCUGUAAAGAAAGCUUUCCUGGUCCCAUUCCGUUGCAUCAGCAUGAGCGUUACCUGUGUAAAAUGAACGAAGAAAUCAAGGCAGUCCUUCAGCCUCAUGAGAACAUGGUUCCCAACAAACCUGGAGUGUUUGAUAAGCAAACCCUCUUUCUGUCAUCAGUACUUUCUGAGAAAGGAAUGACUAGCCCCAU